UGGCUGACGUCUCCGCCGCAAACAUGUCCCCACAAACUGCGAUAAAAAACAGUACACAGGAUGUUCAGUAUUUAAAUGUAAUCAAAUGUUAUUCAAAGAAAGGUUAUGUCUGAAUCCUGCGAGAGCUACCAGCUCACGAUGGACGCGGUAGAUGAAACUGUCUGGCUAGACGACGCUACCUCUAACCCUACUCUCGCGAUAGUGCCGAGGGCUGGACGACUCUCAGCUGCUCCCCGUUCCGCUACCGCCUGUUCUCGCUGUCCGCCUUCACGUGAGAACUACUCUCGCGAUAGUUCUGAGGGCGUCGAGGUAAUCAAAGAUGGACGUCGGUGGUAAUGGCGGUGGAGUAACUGUGAAUAAUAAGCAAAAGGUUAUGUUACCCGGCAAAAGUAGAGGUGAAUUUGCUCGUAAUCAGAGAAAGGAUUCUGAGGGGUUGUCAGAGGCUCCUGACCUUGAGUUUGAAUAUGGUGACUCAGACAAAUGGGCAGCUGAGCUGUCAGAGCUGUACAGCUAUACUGAGGGACCAGAGUUUCAUCUCAACAGAAAAUGCUUUGAAGAGGAUUUCCAAACACAUGUGUCUGAUAAGAGGUGGGUUGACCUAGAUGCUAUGCAGCACCGGGCACAUGCCAUGCGUCUUCUGGAUGGUCUGGAUGUGACUGGUCGAGAGAGAAGACUAAAGCUUGCGAGGGCCAUCCUGUACAUGGCACAAGGGACAUUUGGAGACUGUAGCUCAGAGGCUGAGGUGCAGCACUGGAUGAGAUACAAUGUGUUCUUGCUGUUGGAAGUGGGAGCCUUCUCUGCGCUGGUGGAGCUGCUCAACAUGGAGAUAGAAAACAGCGCAGCCUGCAGCAGUGCAGUGAGGAAACCUGCUAUCUCCCUGGCUGACAGCACAGACCUAAGGGUCCUACUCAACAUCAUGUACUUGAUGGUGGAGAUGAUUCAACAGGAUGACCUCGCAGACCCUCCAGAGUGGAGAGCAACAAGAGAGACCUUCAAAACUGAGCUGGGCUCCCCACUCUAUAACAGUGAACCCGUGUCUGUAAUGCUCUUUGGCAUGGUAACGAAGUUCUGCAGUGGCCAUGCCCCCCACUUCCCCAUGAAGAAAGUUCUGCUUCUGCUCUGGAAAACUAUUCUGUUCACGUUGGGUGGUUUUGAGCAGCUGCAGAGCUUAAAGGUGUGUAAGAGGGAGGAGCUAGGUUUGCCCCGCCUCCCAGAGGACAGCAUCCGUGUGGUUAGGAACAUGAGAGCCGCCUCCCCACCCGCCUCUGCCUCUGACCUCAUCGAGCAGCAGCAGCGACGUGCACGCAGGGAGCAUAAGGCUCUAAUAAAGCAGGAAAAUCUUGAUGCGUUUAAUGAGAAGGACCCCUAUAAAGCGGACGACUCUCGGGAGGAUGAGGAAGAGAAUGAUGAUAAUGAUAACUCACUGGAAACUGAACCGUUCCCUCUGGAGCGUGAUGAGGUCAUGCCCCCACCUAUUCCUCACCCGUCUUCUGAGCGGGUGUCGUUCCCCAAGGGACUACCCUGGGCUCCUAAAGUCAGGGAGAAAGAUAUAGAAAACUUCCUUGAGUGCAGCAGGAGCAAAUUCAUUGGGUACACACUGGGAAAUGACACUGAUACAGUGGUUGGCCUACCCAGGCCUAUUCAUGAAAGCAUCAAAACACUGAAACAGCAUAAAUAUGUGUCCAUUGCUGAGGUUCAGAUUGCUAAAGAGGAGGAAUAUCAGAAGACUCCUCUGUCUGGGGGUGAGGAAGAUGUGGAAAUGUGUGCUACUGAGUUGCUGUACCAGGGCAUUCUCCCCAGCCUCCCUCAGUACAUGAUUGCUCUGCUGAAAAUCCUGCUGGCAGCUGCUCCCACCUCUAAAGCAAAAACUGACUCCAUUAAUAUCCUGGCAGACGUGCUUCCAGAGGAGAUGCCGACUACAGUAUUACAGAGCAUGAAACUGGGUGUGGAUGUGAACCGGCAUAAAGAAAUCAUUGUCAAAGCCAUUUCAGCAAUUCUGCUUCUCCUGCUUAAACACUUCAAACUCAACCAUAUUUAUCAGUUUGAGUACAUGGCUCAGCACCUUGUCUUUGCCAACUGCAUCCCUCUCAUCCUCAAGUUCUUUAACCAGAACAUCAUGUCUUACAUCACUGCUAAGAACAGUAUCUCAGUGUUGGACUUCCCCUACUGUGUACUGCACGAACUGCCUGAACUCACAGCAGAGAGCCUGGAAGCUGGAGAUAAUAACCAAUUCUGUUGGAGGAACUUGUUCUCCUGCAUCAACCUACUCCGAAUCCUCAACAAGCUUACUAAGUGGAAGCAUUCCAGAACUAUGAUGUUGGUGGUCUUUAAGUCAGCUCCCAUCCUCAAGAGGGCACUGAAGGUGAAGCAGGCCAUGAUGCAACUUUAUGUGCUCAAACUGCUCAAAGUGCAGACAAAAUAUCUUGGCCGCCAGUGGAGGAAGAGCAAUAUGAAGACAAUGUCUGCCAUCUACCAGAAAGUCCGGCACCGUCUCAAUGAUGACUGGGCUUAUGGGAACGCAGAUCUGGAUGCACGGCCAUGGGACUUUCAAGCGGAGGAGUGUGCUCUUCGUGCCAGCAUCGAGCGUUUCAAUAACCGCCGUUACGACAAGAACCAGAGCAAUCCAGAGUUCCUACCUGUGGACAACUGUCUGCAGAGUGUGCUGGGUCAGCGGGUCGAACUGCCUGAGGACUUCCAGAUGAACUAUGACCUCUGGCUGGAACGUGAGGUCUUCUCCAAACCCAUCUGCUGGGAGGACCUGUUGCAGUAGGUGUAGUGAGCGAUGGAGCAGCUGCUAUGACAGUUGCAGCUUAUUCACUGGGGCGAGAUAUCCUAGCAGCGUUAGCACUGUUGGUCAGUGCCCUGUGCAUCUGUCAUGCAGGACAUUUAUAGUGUUGUCACUUGCCAUUCCUGACCCUUCCUUCCUUAGUACUAGUGUCGGUCUUCUCUGAGUCUUCUCGCUCUCUCUCUCUCUCUCUCUCUCUCUCUCUCUCUCUCUCUCUCUCUCAUGGGUCUUUAGCAGGACCUUAUUGUUUAUACUGGUCUGAGUUUGUUUGUGGGGCCAUGUUCUUAUUAUGUUACAUUUAUAUAGCACCUUUCUUAAUACCCAAGAACGCAUUACAAACACUCUGCACAAUGUUUUUACAUCGAGUCACACAGGUGACAGAUGUUGAUUUGUUAAGUGCUUUGAACAUCACACUAAGCUUUUCACACUCCAAGUUUCACUCAUGUGAAGUCCAGUGACAUGACAUUGUUUUAAGGGCCUUUACCAGUAAUGGCCACCUGUAAGUAUAAUAUGGGCUUUCUGGAACAAAAUACAAAGUGAUUGGUAUAUCAGGUCACUUUCCUCUCCUUGUACAAUUAAUAACAAAAUGAAUGUGUGAGAGAGAGGGAGAGAGGCAGAGGGGUGUUUGUAUUGCGGUAGAUUUGCAAAAUGUUUUUAACAGACAAAUGUUUAAAUGUUAAACCAUGUUUGUUUAGAUGACUAAAGUUCUUUCAAAGGGAAUUGCUUGUAUUUAAUCUGAGUUUAUGUUUGUGUGGCUUUAUAUAAAAUACUGUAUUAAAUAAUGUACAUUGUCAGUAUUGAAA